UACUACAGUUGAUAUGAGGAAAUGACUUGCACAUGCAGAAUGGGAGCUUCCUACUUUAGAGCUGUUUGCAUUUAAAGCAUUUAGCAACUUCAGAGCUGUGGCAGUUAGUGACAUUACGACACAUGGGGAAGCGUGCGUCUCUUGGAGAGGAUACGAGAGGCUGACGUGGAGUAGAAUGGCAGUUCACAGUUCAGUUAACGGGACCACAGCAAUCCCAUGGAGAACCAGCAGGAAAAGGCUGACCCUCCUGGAGAGGCUGAGGGGGUGUGAGGAGGCCUGGUUUCUCAAAGAACCAUGGACCAGAGAGGAGGCAAAAGGGGCAAUCAGCGGGACACCAGCAGGGAGUUUCCUGGUUUUGAGAGACCCUUUGACACGUGAGCCACACCUCCUCUGUGUGUCCUCUUCAGAUCAGCAUGAACCAGUCACAGAGCGCGACAUACUCUGCACAGGCAAAGUUUUUCAGUUGUCUGGAUCACGUCUGUCUUUCCCUGACCUAACACAAUUGGUCCUCUUCUACUCAUUCACCAGAGAUGUGCUGCCUGUCUGUCUGUGCCUGCCUCAGUGCAUUUACAAUGUAACUGAGAACAUGGACCAUCUCUCACAGCUCGACACCAAAAUGUGGCUGAGUUCAUCUCCUGAGCAGCAGUCAGAAGAAGAAAGCAACAAAGGCCCAAACACUGUAAUGUGCACCAUACAGCUGACAUCUUCGAGUGGCGCCCUGUGUGUUAUCAACCCCCUGUACCUCCAGGAGCACGGGGAUGAGUGGCUGACCCAGCGGACACCCAGUCCUCAGAGCACCAUCAUCCCUUCUCAGUACAGCCGAAACUGCCGACGCCUAAGCACGACCAGGGCCUGGUCUGGGGCAGGUCUGCUCCCCAAAAGGGCCAUCUCCCUCGAACAAGAACAACCUGAUCCUGUUUUUGAAAAUACAGGUCUUGUCCGAGCUUGGUCGACUGAUUCCUCAAAGAACCCUGACCCUACCACACCUACAGCGCCCCCUUCUGGUGUAGUUCUUCGUCGCCCCAGCAAAGAUUCCCCCAUCGUUUCCUCCAUUUUAUCCCCCACUUCUGCCCUUGAGAACCGUUACAGCUCACCAGUACCCCAGUCUCCUCACCGCGUUUCCUGGAUUGAGGAUGGUGUUUGGCUGCCUCCUCCCAGACCCCACUCCCUUCUCCACCCACCAUCUUUGGAACUUGACUCUCUGUCAAUUAGCAGUAUAGAGGAAGAGCAAGACCCCCAAACUCCAACAUCAAGUCCGCACAACCCUACCACACAUCGUUUGGCCGAUAAAGUAAAAAAUCGCUUCUCUGCAGUGGGCCAAGCUUUGGGAGGGUUUGUUUGUCAAAAGAAAAAGUUGAAUUAUAGAGUCCAAGAGAUGAGCGAGAGAAGAGGAGGACAUUUUGCAGAAAGCGUGAAAGUUUUUGUGGAAGCCACUUUGCAGAAAAGCCCAGAGAAAGAUGGACUGACCGAGUUCUUACAGGAAGUGAGGUCAUCACUGACAUCGCUACGGGAGAUGCUGUUAGACCACUCAGAGAUGCAAGUGCUUCUGGAUAGCAUGAUGGACAUAAGUGAUGCAGAGAUUGACACAUUUGUAGAACAAUCCAUUCACAAAGUGGCUCUCAAACCACUGUCCUCUCACCUGUACGGCUGCAUCCAAACAUCUCGCUCCGGUGAUGGGACCCUGGACCGUCUCCAGAGCAACCAGCCUCGCCUCCGGGCCAACGGGGUGGAGCACCUUGGCGGGUCGCUCGGGGUGGGGGUUCCAGACUCUGCCACUUUAGAGCGGAUCAAACAGAAGUGGGACAUAAUGCAUAAGGCCUAUUCCCCAAACAAGAAAGUCCAGAUCUUGCUUAAAGUCUGCAAGAGCAUCUACCACAGUAUGAGCGCCAACUCCAACAACACAGGUGCAGUGUUUGGGGCAGAUGACUUUCUGCCCUGUCUGACCUGGGUGCUGCUCCACAGUGACAUCAUCACGUUACAGGUGGACACAGACUACAUGAUGGAGCUGCUGGAUCCCAUACAGCUGCAGGGAGAAGGUGGCUACUACCUAACCACCAUGUAUGCCUCCCUGUACUACAUCAGCAGCUACAGACCUCGACUUGCGGCUCGUCAGCUCAGCAUGGAGGCCCAAAAUUCCCUGAACCAAUGGCACCGAAGACGCACUCUCCACUGCGACCAACCGAGGAGGAGCAAGCACCGGCAAACCAUACGGAGGCAGUCACGUUGCAAGAGAGAGGAGAACACUGAUAUGAGCUCAACAACUUCAAGUCAGUGUGAUGGUGGGACAGAGAUGAUGGAAGGAGAAGAAGAAAGUGAAGAAGUGAAAGAGAAGAGAGAGAGAAUGAAUGGACAAGAAAAGGACAAAUUGGUGACUUCAGGCCAAGACUCACAACCAAAAUCACAAGAACAUGUGAAAAGUGAUGAUCCUGCUAACAUACAGAGAUAAGAGGCUGACACUGUACUUUCUUACUUGC